AUGGGGAAACUCGACGACGAAGGGGUCCCCGAGGCCGUGCCACUCACUCGGCAGCGGUCGGCAUCUGUCACAUCGCAGUCCACAUCCGAUUCAGGUCUCUCGGUCGCAUCCGCCUCCUUUCUAGACGCCCAUAAGGGGGAGCUCAUGGGAGAGGGCGGCACAGCAGGAGAAACGCAACGAUACCGGGACAUUGAGGAUGGAGCGGAGCCCAGGCUGGACGAGUCUUUUUUUCCAACCAGAAGUCUGCGUCAGGGACUCGCAUGCGGCGGAUAUUCUGGCUGGUGGUUGUGCUCUGCUGCGGAGGCUGGCUACUCGCAGCCGUGCUCUUCCUCACACAGAAACGGUCUACUGCGGGGGAAUAUUCUUCGUACGAGCUACGGGAGGCCGGUAACACUUGAGCAAGUGCUAAAGGGGAGCUGGUCGCCGCUGUCGCAUAAGAUUUCCUGGAUCGGGGGCCCAAAUGGGGAGGACGGACUGCUGGUGGAGCAGGGCGAGAGUGGAGAUGGAUACCUGCGAGUUGAUGAUAUUCACAGCCUCAAGUCCGGAGCCAAGCGCUCUGAAACCCGAGUAUUGAUGCAGAAAUCAUCCUUCUGGGUUGGCAAUGAAUACGUCUCUCCCGUGAAAACAUGGCCAAGUCCGAACUUGGAAAAGGUUCUGGUCAUGUCUCAUUACCAGUCGAAUUGGCGACACUCUUUCUAUGGAAAAUAUUGGAUUCUAGACGUUGCGACGCAAAAGGCAGAGCCGUUGGAUCCCGAAAACCUGGGUGACCGUGUCCAACUGGCUACCUGGUCGCCUCAAUCAGACUCCGUCGUGUUUGUCCGAGAGAAUAAUUUGUAUCUGCGAAAGCUGUCCUUGAAUACGGUGAUCCCGAUAACCAAAGAUGGAGGGCAGGACUUGUUCUUCGGUGUCCCUGAUUGGGUGUAUGAAGAAGAGGUCUUUGCGGGUAAUAGCGGUACCUGGUGGUCUGGCGAUGGUAAAUACAUCGCAUUUUUGCAAACUGAUGAGUCUGAAGUUCCCGAAUAUCCCGUCCAGUACUUUCUCUCUCGACCAUCCGGUGAACAGCCUCCGGCUGGACUGGAGGAAUACCCUGAAGUCAGACAAAUCAAGUACCCCAAGUCUGGUGCCCCCAACCCGGUGGUUCAUAUCCGAUUCUACGAUGUGGAAAAGGAUGAGGUCUUUGUCAUCGAUAUGCCAGAAGACUUUGCCAAUGAUGAUCGGAUUAUCAUUGAAGUGGUGUGGGCAUCGGAGGGUAAGGUUCUAGUGCGUGAAACAAACCGCGAAAGCGAUGUUGUCAAGAUCUAUUUAAUGGACACCAAGGCCAGAACGGGAAAGCUUGUUCGCUCGGAUGACAUUGCUGGCUUGGAUGGAGGAUGGGUCGAACCCUCUCAAUCCACGCGAUUUUUACCUGCAGACCCAGAAAAUGGCCGGCCUGACGAUGGAUAUAUCGAUACUGUGGUAUAUGAAGGCUAUGAUCAUCUGGCUUAUUUUGCACCUCUUGAUAGCUCUGAGCCUGUCAUGCUCACUAAGGGCAACUGGGAAGUGGUUAAUGCUCCCUCUGCUGUCGACCUGAAAAGGAAUCUGGUUUACUUUGUUGCGACAAAAGAGGCACCCACUCAGCGACACGUUUAUCAGGUCAAACUGGACGGAUCUGGCCUUCGUUCCUUGACUGAUGUAUCCAAACCGGGAUAUUUUGAUGUUUCCUUCUCUGAAGGGGCUGGGUACGCUUUGCUGAGUUCCAAAGGCCCGGCUGUUCCCUGGCAAGCUGUUGUCAAUACACAGGGGGAGGAGAUGAAGUAUGAAGUCUGGAUUGAGAAGAAUGAAAGGCUGUCUGGUAUGAUCGAGGAGUAUGCUCUCCCAGCAGAGAUAUACAGCAACGUGACUAUCGAUGGCUAUAUUCUCCAAGUACUUGAACGCCGUCCUGCUAAUUUCAACCCGAAGAAAAAGUACCCCGUACUCUUCUUCUUAUAUGGCGGACCUGGGUCCCAGACAGUUGACCGCAAGUUCACCGUCGAUUUCCAAUCUUAUGUUGCCUCUAGCUUAGGCUAUAUUGUCGUUACCGUGGAUGGUCGGGGUACGGGAUUCAUUGGCCGAGAAGCGCGAUGCAUUGUCCGUGGCAACUUGGGUCACUACGAAGCAAAUGAUCAGAUUGAAACGGCCAAAAUAUGGGCCGACAAGGACUACGUAGAUGAAACCCGAAUGGCUAUUUGGGGCUGGAGCUAUGGUGGUUUCAUGACCUUGAAAGUUCUUGAGCAGGAUGCUGGGCAGACAUUCCAAUACGGAAUGGCUGUGGCGCCGGUUACCGAUUGGAGGUUUUAUGACUCUAUUUAUACCGAGCGCUAUAUGCAUACCCCUCAGCAUAACCCUGCAGGCUAUGAUAGCGCCAGUAUCAACAAGGUUGAUGCGUUAGGCGAGAACACACGGUUUCUGAUCAUGCACGGUGUCGCAGAUGACAAUGUUCACCUGCAAAACACCCUCACUUUGCUUGACAAGCUGGACUUGUCCAACAUCGACAAUUAUGAUAUGGCUUUUUUCCCGGACUCGGACCACAGUAUCAACUUCCAUAACGGACACACUGUGGUGUAUGAACGCCUCUCGAGCUGGCUCAUCAAUGCAUUCAAUGGCGAAUGGCAUCGUAUUCUGGAUCCAAAGCCGGAAGAAUCUGCAUGGAAGCGUGUCAAACGGUCUUGGCUUGCCCACCUCGGGGACUCAUAA